AUGCCCAAGUUCAUGCAUCCAUUGAGAGUGAUCAAUAAGCAAUACGAGGCCGACAUUAAACUCAUGUUCGAGGUUGUGGAUGAAGUGAUUGCACAUCGGAAAACACAUCCUCUCACCGGCUCCCGGGACCUGCUUUCGCUCAUGCUGGAAGGCAAGGAUUUCAUGACCGGACGUGGUCUGUCAGAUACCAACAUCCGAUACCAGCUCCUCACAUUCCUCGCCGCUGGACACGAGACCACUUCUGGUCUCCUCUCCUUCGCCUUAUACCAUCUUCUAUCCAACCCUCAGGCAUACGCCGCCUUGCAGAAAGAGGUCGACACCGUUCUCAGCGAUAAUCCUCUGACGGUGGAUCACCUCUCGAAGCUCCCGUAUACAAAUGCAGUUCUCCGCGAAACGCUGCGUCUUAACUCUCCAGCGCUGGGUAUGGUCGUGACGAGCUUCAACCACACUGAACUCCUCUGUGGGGAGUACGAGGUGCGCAAGGGCUGGCCGCUGCUCCUCGACUUCUACGGUUUGCACCGGGAUCCUGCAGUGUGGGGAGAUGAUGCCGAGUCCUUCCGCCCAGAACGCAUGUUGGAUGACAAGAUCAACACGCUACCACCAAAUAGCUGGAAACCCUUCGGAAACGGGGCGCGCGGAUGUAUCGGUCGUGCACUCGCGUUGCAAGAAUCCGUCAUGAUGCUCGCUACCCUGUUUCAGCGGUUUGAAAUUCGCUUUGACGACCCCAGCUACCGCUUGCAGCUGAAGGAGACAAUCACCACCAAACCCACGGGUUUCAAGAUCCAUGCGAUCCCAAGAGCUGGAAAGAAGGUCUUCGGAGCGGCGAAUGGGUACAUGUCCCCAGGUGUACUAGGGGAAACGUUGCAGAAGGUAGGGCACACGGCUCCGGGGAAGGGUGCCCCACUCUUAGUGCUCUUUGGUACCGACAGCGGCACGUGCGAGCGGUUCGCUGAGCAAAUCGCAUCUGACGCGGUGAUCCACGGUUUCAACCCCAAGAUCGGAGCAAUGGAUAGCGUUGAGGACGUAGCAAAUCUGCCUCGCGAUGCGCCAGUGAUAAUUCUCACCUCGAGUCGCGAGGGACAACCGCCCGAAAAUGCAGUGCGGUUUGUUCAGGCCCUCAAAGAAAUGACUGCAACGACCAAGCCACUUCAAGGUGUCAAAUACGCUGUUUUCGGUGCUGGCAAUCAUGACUGGGUCCGAUCGUUCUACAGGAUUCCGAAACUUGUGGACUCUCGAAUGGAAGAACUGGGCGCCGAACGCUUGAUCCCUCGUGGAGAAGGCGAUGCAGGUGGAGCGAAUGUGUACAAUUCAUUCGACGCGUGGGAGAAAGCUCUCUGGUCUGCCGUUUCGAAAGAUUUAAAUGAUGCCGCGCCAGAAGCGGCAUCGGAACUGGACAUAGAGGAUGAUCUCAUCGUGGCUGUUGUCGGCGCUACACGAGAUAUUCUUCUUCGUCAACCAGAUCUUACUGAGGGCAAAUGCGUCGAAAAUCGCGUUCUGACUGCAUCGGACCAGCCUGUGAAGCGGCACAUCGAGUUCCAGCUCCCUCUUGGCAUGGAGUACCAAACAGGCGACUACCUCGCUGUCCUCCCUCUCAAUUCACCUGAGUCUGUGCAUCGGGUGCUUGCACAUUUUAACGUCCUGGGCGAGACAAAGAUUGUGAUCACGAGUCGCGCCCCGACGACUCUACCUACCAACGAACCUGUCAGUUUGCAAGACUUGUUUUCCGGUUACGUGGAGCUCGCGCAACCGAUGUCCCAAAGGAACUUGGACGAGGUGAUGCGUUACGCUCCCGUGGAUGGGCCUGAACGCCAGGCUCUUGACAAGCUUGUCGCCAACCCCAAGACCGACGUAUUCGAUAAGCAUUUAUCUGUGCUGGAUCUGCUGGAGCAGCAUCCAAGCGUCAAGAUUCCACUUGCACAGUUCAUCAAGCUUCUGCCUUCCAUGCGCAUCCGGCGCUACUCGAUUUCCUCCUCGUCGCUGUGGAAGAAAGCAAAUUGCACUCUUACUUUCUCCGUCAUCAGAGGCUCAUCCACGGCUGGGAAACGCGACUUCCUCGGUGUGGCCAGCAAUUAUUUAGCAAAUCUUAUGCCAGGCGAGAGAAAUCUUCCAGGAUGCCCUCGCGCGUCGCGCAAAACGUCUCUAAUGCCCUUUUCGUCCGGCGUCGUCCACAAUGCCCUUCAUUCCUUACGCACGGAAUGUAUCUAA